UGUUCGGCGCCCGCCCGCCCGCCCUCCUCCUCUCUCGAAGGGAGCUACCGGCUGUUGUGUGGCGUCGCUGGUCUGUCGGGGCUGAUGGCAGCCUGAGUGUGCGUGAGCGCGUGUGGGAGAAGGUGAGGCUCGGACGCGCGUGGGCGAUGAGCAGAGCCAGCCGUGGCCACCCCGCGCCCGCAGCAGCACGCGCGGCCAACCGCGCGCGACCCGGCGCCCCGGGAGCGCGGGGACAAGGGCGGACGCCGCUCCCCGCCCCCAGCGCGUCCCUCGGCUGUCGCGCGCCCGCGGGGACCGCCCGGCUCUCCCCUGGAUGUCCCCGACGCCCGCGCGGGGCCUCCUGCCGUCGUCGCGUGAGGCGGGCUGGUGCUGCGGCCGGCGAGUGUAGCUCGGGGGCUGCGGCUGCCGCUGCCGCGCGGCCCGGUCUCACCGCUGCCCUCGGCCCCCCACCCCAGCACCCCGGCCUCGGAGGCUGUGACAAUGGACUAUGACUUUAAAGUGAAGCUGAGCAGCGAACGGGAGCGGGUCGAGGACCUGUUUGAAUACGAGGGCUGCAAAGUUGGUCGAGGCACUUACGGGCACGUCUACAAGGCGAAGAGGAAAGAUGGGAAGGACGAUAAAGACUACGCUUUAAAACAUAUAGAAGGAACUGGAAUCUCUAUGUCGGCAUGCAGAGAGAUAGCAUUACUUCGAGAGCUUAAGCACCCAAACGUCAUCUCUCUUCAGAAGGUGUUUCUGUCUCAUGCUGAUCGGAAAGUAUGGCUUCUCUUUGACUAUGCUGAACAUGACCUCUGGCAUAUAAUUAAGUUUCACAGAGCUUCAAAAGCCAACAAGAAGCCAGUUCAGUUACCUCGGGGAAUGGUGAAGUCACUGUUGUACCAGAUCCUGGAUGGGAUUCAUUAUCUUCAUGCCAACUGGGUGUUGCACAGGGAUUUGAAACCUGCUAAUAUUUUAGUUAUGGGUGAAGGUCCUGAGCGAGGAAGAGUAAAAAUUGCUGACAUGGGCUUUGCCCGAUUAUUUAAUUCACCUUUGAAGCCUUUAGCAGAUUUGGAUCCAGUGGUUGUAACAUUCUGGUACCGAGCUCCAGAAUUACUCCUUGGAGCACGACAUUAUACCAAAGCAAUUGAUAUUUGGGCUAUAGGGUGUAUAUUUGCAGAACUACUAACGUCAGAACCAAUAUUUCACUGUCGACAAGAGGACAUCAAAACUAGUAAUCCUUAUCACCAUGACCAGCUGGACAGAAUAUUCAAUGUAAUGGGAUUCCCUGCAGAUAAAGAUUGGGAAGAUAUAAAAAAGAUGCCUGAACAUUCAACAUUAAUGAAAGAUUUCAGAAGAAAUACGUACACCAACUGCAGCCUUAUCAAGUAUAUGGAAAAGCAUAAAGUUAAACCUGAUAGUAAAGCAUUCCACUUGCUUCAGAAGUUGCUCACUAUGGACCCAAUAAAGCGAAUUACCUCAGAGCAGGCCAUGCAGGACCCCUACUUCCUAGAAGACCCACUUCCCACGUCAGAUGUUUUUGCCGGUUGUCAGAUCCCUUACCCCAAACGAGAAUUUUUAACAGAAGAAGAACCUGAUGACAAAGGAGACAAAAAGAACCAGCAGCAGCAGCAGGGCAAUACCCACACUAAUGGAACUGGCCUUCCAGGGAACCAGGACAGCGGCCACACACAGGGGCCACCCUUGAAAAAAGUGAGAGUUGUCCCUCCUACCACUACCUCAGGUGGACUCAUCAUGACCUCCGACUAUCAGAACAUCUGCGGUGGCUGGGAGACAAUGCAGCCAGGAAAACAUUCCCACCCCAGCACCCAUCGUUCCAAUCCACAUGCUGCUUAUCCCAACCCUGGACCAAGCACAUCACAGCCCCAGAGCAGCAUGGGAUACUCAGCUACCUCCCAGCAGCCUCCACAGUACUCACAUCAGACACAUCGGUACUGAGCCGUGCUGGAGUCUGUCAGUGCACUGUUGCUCAUGCUGCAGGGCUGACUGCAGCCCUCUGCGGGAACCUGGUGUGGGCCAUGAGAAUGUACUGUACAACCACAUCUUCACAAUGUCCAGUAGCCAAGUUCCACCGGUUGUCACAGAUUGGGGUGGUAGCUUCCAGGUUGUACCUAAGUUUGGAGUUAGACUUGAAAAGAAAAGUGCUAGCACAGUUGUGUCGUGGGUUUGCUACUUCCAUAGUUUACUUGACAGGGUUCAGACUGACCAAGCAUAGUUUUCAGUGACAGUCUGUAGCAGUUGAAGCUGUGAAAUGUGCUAGGGCAAGCAUUUGUCCUCGUGUGUGGUGACUUUCAGUGUAACAGCGUUAUCUGACCAAUAGUACACAGAGAUGUAAGGUUUAACUGGUACUUGAAACACAGAUUAUGUUAACAAAAUAACUGAGACUUAAAAGAUUAUUUUGGUACACCUUUCUUUUUAGUGUCUUAUCAAUGGGUUGAUACGUCUUCUACAGAAAUCAGUGUUUUAUGACCAAGAAUAUUGCUUGGAUUGUUUUGAAAGUACAAAAGAACGACAUAGUUUCUACUGACAGGUUUCAGAACUCCCAAAGAUUAAUUUCCAACUUAGAGGUUUGUUUUUAUUUUCAACCUAUGACUUGACUGGUCUUAAAGCUGCUAUUUGAUAGUAAUUAAAUAUGUUGUCAUUGAUAUAAACCUGUUUGGUUCAGCAAACAAACUAAAAUGAUUGUCACAGACAGUGUUUUAUUUUUCUCGUUGGUGUUGCUGAUUUGUGAGCAUGCUUUCUAAUGAAAAAAGCAUGAGUGGUAACCUCCUUAAAAAGGCACGGCAUCCAAUUCACAUUCUUGUCCUGAGUUUAAAGCUGGUUAGUGUAGUGCUAUUAAGAUUUUAUUCAGUUGACUUUCUUUUUAAAAAGUUGUUCGCACAUUUUUUUAGGGUGCCCUUACUUCAGCAAAGGAGAAGGAGUAGGAGAGCCUUAGAAUUUUUGAGGGGAAAAUAAAAAGCUAUAACAUACAACGUACUGUAUCAAACUAUUUUACAUGAAUGACACAAGUAUUCUGAAUAAAAAAUUGAACAUUGUUAAAAACAAGGUGUUAUGUAAUAAAUUUAUUUUUCAUAAAUCAG